UUAUAUGCCUAAUUAAAUAACAUAACGUUUAUUUCGACGUUUUGCUUGCAAUUUAGGUUUUACUCUUCUUGAUUGGAUACGAUUUCUAAACAAUGACGUGCUUGUGACCUUCCUAGGUGUUGUUAUUUCCUGAAACCGGGCCGAGGUGCUGAAGUCACCCACAUUGCGACGCGUGUGGCUCAUUGUCAGCAAAUAGCUACCUUUAUUCGGUUUCAACAAUAUACAGUGAGUACAGAAAACAUGCCCUGCCACAACCAGCCGUUAAAUAACGUUACUACCGGCCAAGAACUGAAUUUAACUAAGCAUGUUCGGUUCGCCGCGAGCAGUAACAACAGCAGCGGCGUUCCGGUGGCGGUGGUACCGAGUUCUGAAGCGGUAGAUGAUGUAAAUAAACAGUGUGUGAACGGGCCGAAUGGUGGUGGGCUCGGCACAGACGUUUUAAACCUUGGACCUCAACUGAAACUGCUUCCUCUCAACAGCCAGAUACUAGAAUUACAGACCAUCAUCAGAGACAAGACAACCAGCAGAGGGGAUUUUGUGUUCUGUGCUGACCGACUGAUCAGACUGGUGGUGGAAGAAGGACUGAACCAGCUGCCCUACUCAGAGUGCACUGUGACCACUCCUACAGGACACAUGUAUGAAGGUGUAAAGUUUGAAAGAGGUAACUGUGGAGUCAGCAUCAUGAGGAGUGGUGAGGCCAUGGAGCAGGGUCUGAGGGACUGCUGUAGGUCCAUCCGCAUCGGGAAGAUCCUGAUCCAGAGUGAUGAAGAGACCCAGGAGGCUAAGGUCUACUAUGCUAAGUUCCCCCCAGACAUAAACAGGAGGAAGGUGCUGCUCAUGUACCCCAUACUGAGUACAGGUAACACGGUGAUCGAGGCGGUGCAGGUGUUGAUAGAACAUGGACUCCAACCCAAACACAUCAUCCUCCUCUCUCUCUUCUCCACCCCACACGGAGCCAAGGCCAUCCUCCAAGAGUUCCCAGACAUCACCCUGCUCACCACAGAGCUGCACCCCGUCGCCCCCACUCACUUUGGACAGAAGUACUUCGGCACAGAAUGACAAACCCACACCAGACAAGACCACACCACACAUCCCUAAGACAGUCAGAUAAUCACUGUGAUCAUUUUUUACAAACGCUAAACUGUUUAGAUGUGAUGCUAGUGACAGUCAUAUAACACCAUUAUCUACAGUAUGUGUUAUUAUCUGAUGUGAUGCUAGUGUACAUCUCCCACUGUUCCUCCCCCUCUACUCUCUCCCUCCCAUUGUUCCUCCCCCUCUACUCUCUCCCUCCCAUUGUUCC